AUGGUCGCGUUGUUACUCUCCCUACUCACCACGACGACCUUACUCUUUCUCUUCUCAUACUUUUUUUACCGUUAUUCUCUCUACUCGACUGCCAAAAAGGCACGACUAGAGAAUGUUGCGCAACGUGAUGAAGGAAUCCUACGGGAUAGGAGCAUCUUAUUGGUAAUUGCGCACCCAGACGACGAAUGUAUGUUUUUUGGACCUACCCUAUUGUCUUUGAGUGAAAGAAAUGAUAUCAUGAUUUUAUGUUUAUCGUCUGGAAACGAGCAAGGCUUAGGGGAAGAAAGGAAAAUAGAAAUAGAACAAAGUUGUCGGGUGUUCGGUAUAGAUGAAUCACUUGUGAAUGUUGAAGAACACCCUGCUUUACAGGAUAAUCCGAAAGAGUUAUGGAAUACCGCGGUAAUAACUGACAUUCUUAAAGAAUACGUCGAAAAAAAUGGAAUUGACACGAUCAUAAGUUUCGACGAGCGGGGUGUUUCAGGGCAUUUGAAUCAUAUUGCCGCUUUUCAUGGAGCAAAUCAAUUAAUAGCUUCUUAUGGUAAUCAGACGACGGACGUACAUUUUUAUAAACUCAAAACGGUGAAUAGAUUUCGAAAGUAUAUUUCUCUACUAGAUUUGCCAUACGCUUAUUACAAAUUUUACAUUGCAAAGAAAUGUUCAAAAAACCAACAAACACUAGCACAAAUUCAAAAAAUAUCCAAUGGCAAUGGUUUUCAUUAUUCUCAACCUAACAAGAAUACUAAAAAACCAAGACCGGUGUCAACAGCAUGGAAAAGAAAAUCCUUAUUAUCCGUUUCACCACCAUUAACCAAAGUGCCAGAUUGUUUAUUAUUUGUUUCUUCACCAGAACAAUAUAAACAAACUCUUGAUGCUAUGAAAUGUCAUAAAACACAACUUGUUUGGUUUCGGCGAUUAUACGUAAAGUUCUCUCGUUAUAUGAUCAUUAACAAUUUAGAAAGAGUCAAAUAA